ACGCAUGCGCAGUUUAACUUUCUGGAAGAUUCAGUUGUUGGCGGCAGAAUAUCCUCGCGACGAGAAUAUUGUUACGCCAACAUGUCUCGCAUUCUGAACGGCAUCGUGGCUACGUGUCCUGAUUUGGGAAUAGGCAAAGACGGACAACUUCCCUGGCAUCCUACAAGACUAAAGGAGGAAUUCAAACAUUUCCGCAACAUGACGUCAACACCAUCCAUAGAAGGUAAGCAGAAUGUGGUGAUUAUGGGCAGGAAGACGUGGUUUUCCAUCCCGGAGACAAACAGACCUUUAAACAACAGGAUCAACAUUGUCCUCAGUCAACAGCUCAAAGUGCCCCCUCCAGGCGCCCACCAUCUGGCUUCAGAUUUUCCCUCGGCUCUCAGGCUGAUUGACACACAGCUGUCAGACCAGGCUGAUCAGGUCUGGGUUCUAGGAGGCACCUCACUCUAUAAGGAACUGAUGGAGAGCCAAGGCACCAGGAGACUAUUUGUCACACAAGUCCUGAAACAAUUUGAAUGCGACACCUUCUUCCCUGAAAUCAGCCCAGACAAGUACUCUCUUCUUCCCGGGUUUCCAGGAGUCCCACAGGGCACGCACGAGGAAAACGGUAUCCAGUACAGAUUUGAGGUUUAUGAGAGCAUUGAUGUCACCAAAAAGCACUAAAUGGACACCAAUACGGGAAAUCAGCUUUCUCUGAUUUUAAUAUUAGAUGCAAUAUGUCCAAAUGUUGUUUAGAUUUUGAAACUUGUCGCAUUUAGUUGCAGCCAGUGAUGGGUGUUCCGACACCCCAGUGGCCUGUCAUUGUACUAGUCACAGAAGGACUGCAAUAUGUAGUACAAUGGCAAGCUAUGCAUACAGUAUUCCUUUGAACAGCCAUACGAAUAAAUGAUGAAAAAACAAUGAAAAUCAGUCUAGCGUUU